UGCUGCGCCCAGCGAGGGAGGGACGCGCCUCCCGGCAGCCGGGCGAGGGAGAAGGGGCCAGGAGCGGCUGCCCUUCCGCCGCUUGUGCGGCCACCAACUUUCUUUCCAGGCUCUGUGCUGAGCUCUGUGCUGAGCCGUGAUCAGAGGCUGCCCGGGGAUCGGAGCCUUAUUGGGGGCGCAGCCGCCCCGUCCCCGCCAUGGGCUCCCGGGCUUCACCCGUCUCGUCCCUGGAGAUUCCCGUGGCUUGUUGGGCGGGGAGCUCCCCCUCUCCUCGGCACCAAGGGUGGAUCGCGGAGCUGCCCUAGCCCGAGCCAGGGCCGGGAGGGGUGGAGUUGCUUGCGCCAGGGGCUUUCGCCGGCUGCUCAGAGCCGGGGCCCGGGGCUGGCGAAGCGAAAGGGCUGCCGGGCUGCGCGCUGCAGUGCCGUGGCGUCGCCUGACCGGACAGCAGCGCCGCACGCGGCUCCUGACACUUGUUGUGCUGCUGCCUCCAUCCCCGGGAGAGGCUGCCCAGAGCCCGCCAGGAGACCAGCGCCUCCCCGAUCGCCCACCGUGGCUGAAACGGGCUCAUCUGCAUCGCUCCCCACUGGCCGCCGAGCUCCCGACCUGCCCUAUAGCUUCCCCAGGAAAACCAAGCCUGCUUCGGGUGCGGGCAAAUGCUGCUCCCCUGUCCAGCACAGGAUGACGUGGCUGGCAGCCUGCCUGGGCCUGUGGCUCUUCCUGCAGCUCCCCAUCUUGGGCGCUGGGACACGCGUGGUCUACCAAGUACAGGAGGAACAGCCGCCCAACACACUCAUUGGGAGCUUGGCUGCCGACUACGGCUUUCCUGACGUGGGGCACCUCUACAAGUUGGAAGUGGGGGCCCCCUACCUGCGUGUGGAUGGCAAGACUGGGGACAUUUACACCACGGAGACCUCCAUCGACCGAGAGAGCCUGCGGGAGUGCCAGAGCCAGUUCCCAGGGGACCGCUGCUUCUUGGAGUUCGAGGUGUCCAUCACGGACCUGAAGAUGAACAGCAGCCCACGCCUGCUGGAGGGGCAGAUCGAGGUGCUGGACAUCAACGACAACACGCCCAACUUUGCCUCACCCGUCAUCACGCUGGCCAUUCCUGAGAACACCAACAUUGGGGCACUCUUCCCCAUCCCCCUGGCCAUGGACCGUGAUGCAGGAGCCAAUGGGGUCGCCUCCUACGAGCUCCUGGCUGGGCCUGAGGCGCAGGAGCUCUUUGGCCUACAGGUGGCUGAAGAUCAGGAUGAGAAGCAGCCACAGCUGAUUGUCAUGGGGAACCUGGACCGAGAGCAGUGGGACUCCUAUGACCUGACCAUCAAGGUGCAGGAUGGAGGCAGCCCACCACGGGCAAGCAGCGCCCUGCUGCGCAUAACCAUCCUGGACAUGAACGACAACACCCCCAAGUUUGAGAAGGCCCUGUACGAGGCGGAGCUCUCGGAGAACAGCCCCGUGGGGCACUCCGUCCUUCAGGUGAAAGCCAACGACUCAGAUCAGGGCGCCAAUGCCGAGAUUGACUACUCCUUCCACCAGGCCACGGACAUGGUGCGCCGCCUGCUGCGCCUGGACAGGGCCACGGGUCUCAUCACUGUGCAGGGGCCCAUUGACCGGGAGGACAUCAAUAUCCUCAAGUUCUCUGUCCUGGCUAAGGACAAGGGGGCCAAUCCCAAGAGUGCCCGCACCCAGGUGGUGGUGACCGUCAAGGACAUGAAUGACAACGCCCCCUCCAUUGAAAUCCGGGGCAUUGGCCUUGUCACCCAUCAGGACGGCAUGGCCAACAUCUCUGAAGACGUGCCUGUGGAGACGGCCGUGGCUCUGGUACAGGUGUCUGACCGGGAUGAGGGUGAGAACGCUGUGGUCACCUGUGUGGUUGCUGGCGAUGUCCCGUUCCAGCUGAGACAGGCCAGUGAGACGGGCAGUGACAGCAAGAAGAAGUACUUCCUGCAGACCACCACGCCGCUGGACUACGAGGCGGUGAAGGAGUACACCAUCGAGAUCGUGGCUGUGGACUCGGGGAACCCGCCCCUCUCCAGCACCAACUCUCUCAAGGUGCAGGUGGUGGAUGUGAAUGACAACGCCCCAGUCUUCAGCCAAAGCCUCACCGAGGUGGCCUUCCCCGAGAACAAUGCACCUGAUGACCUGGUGGUGGAGGUGAGCGCCAGCGACGCUGACAGCGGCUCCAAUGCCAAGCUGGUUUACUCCCUGGUCAUGGACCCCUCCUCCAAGGGCGUCUUCUCCAUCGACCCUGACUCAGGCGAGAUCCGAGUGAAGACGGUGCUGGACCGGGAGCAGAGGGAGCGCUACGAGUUCCUGGUGGUGGCAGCUGACAAGGGCAGUCCCAGUCUCAAGGGCACUGCAUCUGUGGCCAUCAAUGUCGUGGACAGGAACGACAACGACCCCAAGUUUAUGCUGAGCAGCUACAACUUCUCAGUGAUGGAGAACAUGCCUCCCCUGAGUCCGGUGGGCAUGGUGACAGUGAUUGACGCUGACAAGGGCAACAACGCCCGAAUCCAGCUGUCAGUGGAGCAGGACAACGGGGACUUUGUCAUCCAGAAUGGCACUGGCACGAUCCUCUCCAGCAUCUCUUUUGACCGGGAGCAGCAGAGCACGUACACCUUUCGGCUCAAAGCUGUGGAUGGCGGGGACCCUCCCAGAUCCGCCUACGUGGGGGUGACCAUCAACGUGCUGGACGAGAAUGACAAUGCCCCUUUCAUCACCUCCCCUUCCAAUGCCUCUUACAAGCACAUCCUGCCCCACACCAGCCCUGGGCAGCAGGUCAGCAAGGUCAAGGCCGAGGACAUUGACUCGGGGGUCAAUGCAGAGCUGACUUACAGCAUCACGGGGGGUAACCCCUUCGAGCUGUUCCAGAUCUCGUCGCAGAGCGGGGACAUCACGCUGGAGAAGGAGAUCCUGCGCAAGCACCACGGCCUGCACCGCCUGGUGGUGCGGGUCAAUGACAGGGGCAAGCCCUCACGCCACGGCACCGCACUGGUGCACUUCUACAUCAAUGAGACCCUGGCCAACCGCACGCUGCUGGAGACCCUGCUGGGACACAGCCUGGACACGCCGCUGGACAUCGACAUUGCCGGCGACCCCGAGUACGAGCGCGGCAAGCAGCGCAGCAACAUCCUCUUCGGCGUCAUUGCCGGCAUCGUGGCCGUCACCCUGGUCAUAGUACUGGUGGUGCUGGUGCGCUACUGCCGGCAGAGGGAGGCCAAGAGCGGCUACCAGGCGGGCAAGAAGGAGACCAAGGACUUGUACGCCCCCAAGCAGGGCAACAAGAGCAGCAAGAGCAAGGGCAAAGUGAAGAAGAGCAAGUCCCCCAAACCGCCCAAACCGUCCGAGGAUGAGGAGGAGACAGGGCUGCAGAAGUCCCUCAAGUUCAACCUCAUGAACGACUCUGUCAGUGAUAGCCCCCGCAUCCACCUGCCUCUCAACUACCCGCCCGGGAGCCCGGACCUGGGGCGCCACUACCGCUCCAACUCCCCACUGCCCUCCAUCCAGCUGCAGCCCCAGUCACCCUCCGCCUCUAAGAAGCACCAGGUGGUGCAGGACCUGCCUGCCACUAACACCUUUGUGGGCACUGGGGACAACAACUCAACGGGCUCCGAACAGUACUCUGACUACAGCUACCGCACCAACCCCCAGAAAUACACCAACAAGCAGUUACCUCAUCGCCGAGUGACAUUCUCUGCAGCUAAUCAGGCACAGGACUUGCAGGACCCCUCUCAACAUAGUUACUAUGACAGCGGGCUAGAAGAGUCAGAGACGCCCAGCAGCAAGUCCUCAUCAGGGCCCCGGAUUGGGCCACUAGCUCUUCCUGAGGAUCAUUAUGAGCGCACCACACCCGACGGUAGUAUUGGGGAGAUGGAGCACCCUGAGAACGAGUCCCCUGAGCGGAACAGGCUGUGAAUGGGGCUCUGAACCGAGAUCUCCGGCCUCUGCCUGAUGUUGCUAUGACUGGGACCUGCACCCGGGAAUGCACGGAGUUCGGCCACUCUGACACCUGCUGGAUGCCUGGCCAGUCCUCCCCGAACCACAGGCCCAAGAAUGCCCUGAAACUCUCCAC